AUGCUGGGCGCGGGGCUCAUCAUGGGCGGCACACUGCUCACCAUCGGGCUGGGCGCGCUGGCCGCCAUGUCCGGCAAGGCGCUCAUGUCCGCCAUGCUGGCGCUCGGCAUGUCCCUCAUGUCGGCGUUCCGCGGGCCGCCGCGCCGCUGCCGCCGCAGUGACAACAACGGCUGCAACAACGGCGACGGCAACGACAACUACGAGAUCAUCGCCAGGCCCGUCAUCACGCACGGCCACACGCACUCCGCCGUGCUGCACCACGACCCCGCCUACCCCUCGGCCGGAUACCCCGGCUACGUGCGCAGCCUCGUGCAGCCGGACCAGAUCCAGACCAUCCAGGCUCCGGCCACCACCACCGUGGACGUGACGGACUUCGCCCGGAGCGGCGCCACGCGCCUCGGCGCGCCGUCAACCUCGCCGGACUCGGACGGUGAGGCAACGCGAACCCGGGCCUCGGCGUGGUCUUCGUCGUCGAGGUCCCCGUCGCACAGUGGUUCAGAAACAGAAAAAGCUGUGCAAAAGAGAUUGGUUGCAGGCCGUAUAAGAUAUUGGUGUGAAACCUUCAUCCUGGGGGUUUUUGGGGUCGCCGAAUUCAUUCCUGAAGUUAUUUUGAACCAUUGA